GUCAAAAUUGCAUCGAUGGCCAUAAAAUUAGCGUCUCAGCUUGAUUGUUUUUUGUAAAUAACAAAUGUAAAAUUAAUACAGAAUGGCUGCUAAAACAGUGGUAACGAAAAGCAAAGGUCCAUUGCUGGAUCCUGGCCUUUGUAGGUGUUGUCGGUCAAUAAAAAAAUGUCGACUUUUAAGUUUCGAAUACGAGUGGAGCGGAAAGAAGGAAGUGUAUUCUGAUAUGUUUAUGGAUUGUUUCGGAUUGUUGUUAUCACACCUUGAUGGCGACAGCAAGGAGUCCUGUAUAUGUGCAACUUGUGUGACGAGACUGCGCGACGCGUGUGCAUUCCGCCAGCAGGUGCUGCAGUGUGAAGAUGUGUUCCUUAGUGCCAAGCUCGAGAGCAAAGAUGUGGAUCGCAAACUGGAAGUGAAGGUGAAGACGGAGCCGAUCACAGAAAUGGAUAUAGAUGAUCAGAUGGAUGAUCGGGAUGACAUCCACGACACCGAAAUGGAACAUAAGAUAGAUAUAGAGUUGCCAGAAACAAAAGUAGAAGUAGAAGAAGGCAAACGCGGGAGGAAACAGAAGAUGAAGCGAGAACUAUUGAGCAAGAUGCACAAAUUGAGAGAAAAAUUGGACCGGAUGCUGGAGAAACCAGAAACCCUCCCGCCAAAAAAGGAAAAAGCAAUCACCAACAAAAAAAAGAAACCAUCCAUAGACCACGAUCAUAUGGUAUACUCAAACGCGGUGACCAUAGUGCAGAAUUCAUAUGUGUGUCCUUUUCACAACAGAAUCAGCAAUUAUUACUGUUAUUACUGCAAAGAUCAAUUCUUAAAUCCUAACGAAUUACGAGACCACACCCUUUCUCAUGAUCCUACAGACAUGUUCGAGAGUAUGAUGGAAAAUAAGAAGAUCCCUAAAAUCGAUAUAACCAGAAUCGAUUGUCGAUUAUGCGACGUUAAAAUCGAUGAUUUAACCACAUUCAAAAGUCACAUCACUAAUGUUCACGGCAAGCACAUAUAUCCGGUACAGAAUGAGUUCCUCAAAUUUCGCUUGUCUAUGAAUAAUUUGAGUUGUACAGAGUGCGACAGUGUGUUCCCGUAUUUUGAUGUGCUCAAGAAGCAUAUGAUCGAACAUUUCGGCACUUUCAUUUGUGACGUUUGCGGCGCCUGUUUUCUCGAGCAGAACUCCUUGCGGACGCAUAUAAAGUCCCACAGCAAAAUCGAGGCGAAUUUCCCUUGCGAGGUGUGCGGGAAGAAUUUGAAAUCUAAAUACAGUAGGUACUUGCAUAUAGCUACAGUUCACGAAAAGAAGCCGACCGUCAACUGUUACAAAUGUGAGGCCAGCUUCCUAUCUUAUGCGUUGAGGAAUCGACAUCUCAUAGAAGUGCAUGGCGACAAAAGGACGUUUCCGUGUAAAUUGUGCGACAAAGUGUAUAAUCGACGGAAAACAUUAAUGGAGCACAAUAGACGGAAUCAUUUGAAGGUUUACAGACAUCAGUGUGAUUUAUGUGAGCAGAGGUUUUAUUUGCCUUCUCGUUUAAAAGAGCAUAUGGCCACGCACACUGGCGAGAGGAAUUUCCGCUGCGAAUUCUGUGAUAAGAGUUAUCCAAGACUGCAAUCUUUGCAGGAACAUAUUAGAUCUCAUAAUAAUGAUAGGAGGUAUAAAUGUAACGUUUGCAGCUCGUCGUUCACGCAGAAUGGCAGUUUGAAGAAUCAUAUGAAGAGUCACCAUCAAGGAUAUGAUAUGGAUGGAACUUUUUAAAUGUUACCUAGAGUUUUAAAUGGUCAGAAAUUGCUUCGCAUGUGAGCUAAUCAGAUGAAUA